AUGUCUAGCCCAAACUCAACCCCGACAGCACCAUGGCAAGAUCGCCGAGGAAUGUUUCAGCGAGGAAAGGAAGUCCAUGAGCCAGCUAGGAAGAUGUCAGGCAGUGGAGGGACUGGCGUGAUCGAAGCAGUCCGGAGAGCAUCGACCAGCAGCCAGAGCGACAAGUCACUUGUCAGCAACCCAUUGAGCAACGAUCCAGCAUCUCCUGCCUCCCCAAGCACCACGGCGAGACGCCGAUCCUCAGCAGCCUCCUCCGGCCUCUUCAGUAACCUAACCCACCACAAACGCGGCAGCGAAGACUACGCCGACCGCCGAGCAAGCCAGACAGAAGGUUACGGCCAAGGCGGUGCCGUUAGCGGAUGGUUUAACAAGACGUUCAGAGGCAUCCAAAGCCCCGCUGCUCCUGGGCAGACACAGCAGGAGAAGAGAGGUGUGAUGGAGUGA